AUGAGAACAAGAAAUCGAGGGCGACUUCAACCUUCUCUUCUCCGACUGGUCUCACCUUCUAACACUAUGGCAUGGCCGACUAACUCACCGGAAAUUCAACAUCACGUCUCCUCGCUCCUGGGUGUUCUUACUUUAUUACCUUCCGAGCAUCCAUCAGUGAAGUCCCGCAUUAUAUCAAAUUUAUUCAAUGCUACUCCUCGUUGUUCAGCCCUCCGCCUACCUAUUGAGACCACGUUACUAAAAGUCGCCGCCAAUAUUUAAGAGCUCGAUACUUUGCGUCUAUCCAGAAAAGAUGUUGAGCAGUGGUUGCAAGAAUAGGAUAUCUCUGGGAAAGAACACAGUCGGGUCCGUUGUUGAUGCAUUCAUACAAUCUGGCCAGCCAGAAACUGCUGAUCAUUCCACACGUUCUUACGUUUCU